GAUUCCAGUUGUCUGUGUUUAAUCGAGGGUCAACCUGUGGUAGAAGAAUUAGACUUGACUUCAGAAGAAGAAAAAGAAGCCAGCUUUGCACAGCCUGUUUUUGGUCCAAGAGUACUGGAUGUAUGGCAAAGACUGCUGGUUGAUAAGUGGGCCGUUGGAAUUGAACUGGAAAACAAGGAACGAAGCCCUAUGACUGACAUUUCAUUUUCAUUGGUGAGCGUCAAAGAAGGUAACGUCAAGUCAUGGUGUUAUAAAGUGUUCGACACCAAUAAUCCAAGACUCGUAGAUCUCGUACCAGGUGAUCAGAACGAAGGGUUUGAAGGUACUACCGAUUCCCACCAAUAUAAAAAUGACUGUGUUUCUUACCCAAAGAGAAGAAAGGUGCACGAAAACAGUGGCUUACAUGAAAAGUCUGAGUUGAAAGUGGGAGAAAAAAUCUGUGUUGUUACUGUCACUGAAUUGCCGUCAUUCCAAAGAGGUCCCAAAUACUCAUGUUCAUUGRUGUUGUCAUGGACACGUUACCAUGACGACAACCCACCGUGUAGGAAGGCUAUAAGUUGUGGAUACGUUGAUCUGUCAGUGGAUCAACUGGAUGAACUAGGUAUAUCAAAUACCUCAAGGAGACUAGAAGAUACGAUGAAUAAAAGACGCGAUGUUCUGGCUGUAAAAGCAGUUUCUACGGAAACCACGUUCUUUUUAUCAAGUACCAUAUCUACUCUCUUUGAUGUUGUUCAUGUAAUACGACAAGAACUUCAAUUACCAGACAAUGUUGUUGGUGAUAUGACAUCAUUAAAUCCCGAUGACUGCUUACGUCAUGCCUAUGACAAUAACGGGUCACUUCAGGGAGUGGCUGUACUCAUUCGUCCGGGUUAUAAGCAAGCACAAGUACAUCUGUUCACCAGAUGUUCAAGUCAAAUCUACAUCUUGUGUCACCGAAUGCGUCGUGCUCUUCCUGAUGAUGUCAUCAUUGACGUCAACGACUCCGCAGAAACUAAGGCUGAGGCUCAGGUCUUGGAGAUAGUACAACGUGACCUUAAUAAUAUGACAGACAAACCAGCAAAGAAAGAACAGUCUUUGAACAAUAACAAAUCACAGAAGAAAGAAGAUCCUCAACAAAGCUCCAGUGAUUUGAUUGACGUCAGUGACACCAAACUAAAAACGAUUCGAAUUGAUUACGAGAAGAAGAGAACAGUUCGAUUUUAAAGAUUCGUAACCAGUUAAAGUAGAACUGAGUUUUUCUUCGCGCAACGCGUAAAAAAAUGCGAGACAACCACUAUAUACUCUGCAAUUCUCUAGCAACUUGUAGACCAGUUGCCGGGAAAAUCAGGGCCUUUACGAUCAGAAAGCGUUGUAUCAAUGUUAAGAAAUAUAAAUUAUUCAAGAAAUACCGCUUUGCAGAAAA